UCCCGCUCGCUCUCGGCUUCCUGCUCUCUCCGAGGCGAUCCGGAGCCAGGCACUCGGCACAAAAAGCCACCCAGCCGCCAGCUUCUCCCCCAAUAGCUCAGCCUCUCCCGCUGACAUCACUCGGCGGGGAGGGGGAGGAGGAGGAGGAGGAGGAAGGGUGGGGUGAGCGGGAGAAGAGCCUGCGAAAGAGCCGAAGCCGCCUGGGCAGCCGCGACGCCCAGCUCGAGGGUCGCCCAUCCCGUCCCAGCAGGCGAAGCCAGGACGCCCUUCGCUCGCUAGGCCGGCGGUGCCGGCGGUGCCUGUGUCCUUCUGCCUUUCCAACCUUUCCUUGCCGCGGAGAUGGCGGAGUACAGCAGGCUGCUGGAGGAACUGGCCGAGAACAUCACCAACGAAGACCUGGACCAGCUGAAGUCGGCCUGCAAGGAGGACAUCCCCAGCGAGAGGCACGAGGAAAUCGCCACUGGCAAGGACUGGUUCGGCUUUCUGGAGAAGCACAACAAACUGGACAAAGACAACCUCUCCUACAUCGAGCACAUCUUCGAGAUCUCCCGCCGGCCGGACUUGCUGACCCGGGUGGUGGAGUACCGCACGCAAGUGCUGAAGAUCUCGGAGGAGGACGAGGUGGACACCAAACUGACCCGCAUCCCCAGUGCCAAAAAGUACAAAGACAUCAUUCGGCAGCCCUCGGAGGAAGAAAUCAUCAAACUGGCCCCCCCACCCAAAAAGGCCUGAAAACCUAGUGUGUGUGUGUGUGUGUGUGUGCGAGUGUGUGCGCGUGCAUGGAGGGGCCCAGCUCCAAGGAUCACUGCCACCCCCCCCCUCCACUGCCCUGGCUCAGACAUUUUGCGGCUCCCCCUUCACUCCCCUCCGCUUACGUCCUUCUCUGCCUUCUCCCGGCUGGAUGGGGAAAGGGAGACGGGGGUCCACACCCCCAUUUCUCACCCGGGUCACUGGCUGAUACAUGUUUUAGGAGGCCGCUGAGGCCUGUUUGAGGGUGGGGGGGGGCACCCUACUGCUGCUGCUGUUCCCCCACCCACUGUGCUGGGCAAGAGACGAUGGGGACCCGCAGGUGGAUCUGGAUGGACGGGGGGGAUUUUGCAAGGAAUGAGGAAGUGAGAGAGAGAGAGAGGGAGGGAGGGAGGGAGGGAAGAGCAGAUGGAGAGCAGGGGAGCCCCUAAGGAGCUUUGGGGCCACUGCCAGAGGAAUGCCAGAGCCUGCAAGAAGAGGUGGGACACGGGGGGCAGUAGAAAGGGGCAGAGGAUUUGCCACCCUCUCUUGCCAGGGACCCCGCAUCUUCCGCAGCUGCCCUAGAGACUCCCUGCCCCCCCCCCCCCCAGGAGUCAGGGAUGGCUGCAGCUGCUUAGCAGGGUUGGACCUGGAAAGGUUGUGGAGCCCCCUCAGGCACAUCCAGGCACAGGGCCCUCCUUUUCUGGGGGAGGGCAGGGGAGGGGUGUGGGCUCAGCCAGCUCUUCCGGGUCCACUGGGGCUGCCGCCGAAGGCUGGCGGGGAAGCGAAGGACCAAGGGAUCAGGAGGCAGACUGGGAAGAGAGGUCCGAUGGGGGCGCCUGCUCCUUCCCAGCCAGACCAGAGCCCCCCGAAGCAGAACAGAACCAGGGGCCCAGAGCACCUCCUGUCACAGACCCCCGCCUUGCCCCCCCCCCCCCCUGUCCACGCGGUGCCUUCCCUGGGUCUCCCACCCCAGCGGCCUCCAGGCAUUUCCACGGGUGCCUCCUUUUCUACUCCCUUCCUGUGCCUCUGGUGGGGGGCAGGAGGUGAGGGUCAGUUGCCCUUUUGGCCACACUUGCACCCUGCCCUCUAUGGGACGCUGGGGGAAGGAGCAGCCCCCUCCUAGGCCCAUCCUACCCAAGCGCCCCCCUCAAACCAGCCCUCGCCCACUGGGUGCUGGAGCCACCAAUCCCACUCCCCACCGGGAUGGAGAAGGAACCUGGCCAACUUCCUUCCUGCCCCAGACUGAUGGGGGCCAAGACCCCAGGGUCCCACUGCCCUCCCCUCAAAACAGCCACUGUGUGGGGCUUGCAAAUGUGGGUGCCCCCCAGUGGCUUUUGCAGCUGCCUCUGCUCAGAAAGGGACCAAGCGGUUCGGCCUCACCGGGGCAUCCUGCCCACCUGCUGUCCUGGCACACAAGCAGGGGCAGGGGGGCACCCAGUGAGGAACACCUGGAAGCCAUCGAGGGAGAAGCCAGAAGCAGGGUGGAGGCUGCGGGGUGCCGGGGCUCCUGGUUCGUCCAGCACAGAAGAGCUCCCGGUGCCUGGCCUGUGCAGAACGCCCCGGGCCUUCGGGAAACGGCCAAGUCGCUUCUCUGGCGCUGGAAGGCGAAGCGCUUCUGUUGACUAUACUUGUGUUUAGCCCCGACAUCCUGUGCUCCUCGAGCCCCUUCAAGUGGCGUGACCUUUCCUGACACUCGUGUUGUGCUCGUGGUGUGCAUAGAAACAGCUGGGCUAGAACUGUGCUUUUAACGUCCCCUCAAAGCCGCCCCCCCCCCCGUGUCUCCCGUUCCUGCUUCUGUCUGCCCCGUGCAGUCUGGGUGCUGGCCUUACGGGGACCGUGGCCACAGGGUCGGUGGGGCUGGGCCGUCUGGCUCCGUGGGAUGCUUGGAAAGAGCUGGCAGGAAGGACAGGGGCCCUUCCGAGACGGGGGAAAGAGGACUGAAUUCUCAGGUGAACGUCUGCAAGAGAUGAGGGAGGCAGGAAGCCAGCAGACGGCCCCUGAACCCCCCACGGCUCCAGGCCCCUGAACCCCGCACGGCUCCAGGCUAAACCUCCCGCUGAGGCCUCUGCCCCACCCGGGACAGCCAUGGUGCCCAGGAGCCCGGCUCUGCCCGCAGGGUCAGCGCUGCUCCCUGCCACCCAGGACCAACAUGGAAGACUCCACAUUGCCUGAACUGGCCUUAAAUUAGUAUGUUUCUCUUCCAGUGUUUACAGCUGAACAGAUGGCGCUGAUCUCACUGCAAAUUAGCACCAAGUAAAAAUAGUAUCCGGUGGGGCGGGCAUGAGGGGAGGUGUAGAAUUCAGAGCGAGUGAAUUUCUCGAAAUGAAAUGAAGCGCAAAGCAGCUUAAAGCAGCCCUGCUCUUCUUGGGGCGCCUCUGGGUCAGGGUAGCUUCAUGAUGGGCAGGGGGGAGGGUCUCACAGGACCCCCAAGCUCCGAGGAGCGACCGAAGGCACAAAUCCUGUCCUCUGUGGCCAGCGCUCCCCCUUUCCUCCCACCGUCCCUGGCCUCGAUGCUCAGACCGUGCUAACUGUGUGUACAUAUAUAUUAUAAAUAUAUGUAUAUUAAAUAUAAUAUGGAGUGCUCAGUGUUAAC